AUGACAGAAACCAACCCUGAAGCGGCUCGCCCCCAAGGUUACCUACGAAUGCUUCAAGUAGAGGAACCUCUGUCGUUUUAUCCAUUUGACGACGAUAGAUUGCAGGAAACUCAAAUACGCCUGGAACGACGCAAGAAAUCAACGGAAAACAACUCUUUCACUUCCAUUCAAAAGUCCUUUGUCGAUGUGUUGGCGGAAAACCGAUUUGUCUGUUUCUUUAUCAUCCAAGGAAACAAGAAUUUCCAUUCCAAUCACACACUGAACUUGCGAAAACGGUUGGCCCUCAACUUUCACGACCGCAUCACCACCUUGGUGGUCUUUUGUGGGGAUUCGGAAGGCGAGCCGUUGUUUUGUCAAGGAACAGGGUUUACUUCCUUCCCUUUCUCCGCAACUCUAAUGUCCGUUUUGAACAUUGCCCAAGUACCAUCCCUGGUAGUUUUGGACACACAAACUGGAAGACCGAUCCACUCGGAUGCCGCCCUGGCACUGGAAUGGAACAAUCCACACGAAGUAUUGGGUGCCUGGGAGCAGGAGCAAUCAGGGCUUACAACAACUCAAAAGGCGGUUUCAGUGGUCACAUUACAAAGCAAUUGUACCAUUUCCUAA